AUGGCCAAGCCCGAACUUAGUGCUCGGACUGUUCUAGAACCACUGUCAUUCUUCAACCUCUCUGACCACUCUCGUGCACAAGUUACAUCCCUCGCUAUCUACACGGUCUCUGACUCCCAGUGUCUAAUUUACAUUGGGACUCAGUUUGGAGCCCUAUUUUUAUUCUCUGUAAACCCUGGCAAUCCCAAUGAUGAAACACGGUCUGAUCGUUCCAACAGCCCUUCAGUCCUGCAGAACAUUUCUCUUUUGCGAAAAGUUGUGGUCGGAAAUUCCUCGGUGGAGUCUAUACAAGUAAUUGGUGACUUUGGGAAGCUUUUGGUGCUUUUGGGUGGGUUUUUGUUUACGGUUGAUUCACUUCUGUUGCAGCCUGUGAAGAGAUUGAGUUUCUUGAGAGGAAUUUCUGUUAUCACAAGGAGGUUGCGAAGCAGUGAAUCAGAGUCUUCGAAUUUGUCAGCUCUUAGCAGUUCGUCAGAGUAUACGAGCACAAGUCAGCGAUUUUUGCAAAAGUUGGGAAGUGGGAUCAGAGCAAAUGGCUUGAAAAUGAAGGAAACAGUGCAGCAGCGUGUAGACAAUCAUGUUUUCUCAGUCGUGAUUGGAAAAAGAUUGGUAUUGAUAGAGCUUGUUUUGAUUAAUAGAGUAGGUAAAAGUGACCAAGACAUUGAUGAUGGGUCUUUUGUAAUUCUGAAAGAAAUUCAGUGUAUUGAUGGGGUUAUGGCCAUGGUAUGGCUCAAUGAUUCGAUAAUUGUCAGUACGGUUAAUGGAUAUAGUUUGUUUUCAUGCGUUACGGGACAAAGUGGUGUAAUAUUUUCAUUACCUGAUGGUUCUAGUCUGCCACGACUUAAAUUGUUGUGUAAAGAAUGGAAUUUGCUUUUGUUGGUGGACAAUGUUGGCAUCAUAGCUAAUGCACAUGGGCAGCCAGUUGGUGGUAGCUUGGUGUUCCAUAGUAACCCAGAUUCUAUUGGGGAGAUAUCUUCGUAUGUGGUUGUUGCAAGGGAUGGAAAGCUGGAAUUGUACCAUAAGAAAACUGGUACUUGUAUUCAGAUGGUCACUUUUGGUGGCGAAGGGGUAGGAGGGCCAUGCGUUGUUGCAGAUGAGGAAGAUAGAACUGGAAAUCUUGUCGUUGUUGCAACACCCACCAAGGUUGUUUGCUUUCGGAAAUUACCUUCUGAAGAACAGAUUAAAGAUCUAUUGAGAAAAAAGAACUUCAAGGAAGCCAUCUCCUUGGUGGAGGAGCUUGAGUGUGAGGGUGAAUUAUCAAAGGAUAUGCUCUCGUUUGUUCAUGCUCAAGUGGGCUUUCUCUUGCUUUUCGACUUGCAUUUUGAGGAAGCAGUGAAUCACUUUUUGCAGUCUGAGGCCAUGCAGCCUUCUGAAGUUCCUAGAAACCGCUAUUGGGGUUUGCAUCCUCCCCCUGCGCCUCUGGAAGAUGUUGUAGAUGACGGGUUGUUGGCAAUCCAAAGGGCAAUAUUUCUCAGGAAAGCAGGUGUAGAAACUGUGGUAGAUGAUGCAUUUCUCCUGAAUCCGCCAAGUAGAGAUAAUUUGUUGGAGUCUGCCAUCAAAUCAAUUACUAGGUAUUUGGAGGUUUCUCGUGAGAAAGAAUUGACUCCAUCAGUGAAGGAGGGAGUUGACACUCUAUUAAUGUACCUCUAUAGAGCUUUAAAUAAUGUCUAUGACAUGGAGAAGCUGGCAUCAUCAGCAAAUUCUUGCGUUGUGGAGGAGUUGGAAACUUUGCUAGAUGACUCUGGGCAUUUACGUACACUUGCCUUCCUAUAUGCAAGUAAAGGAAUGAGCUCGAAGGCUCUUGGUAUCUGGCGCAUCUUGGCAAGACAUUAUUCAUCUGGCCUUUGGAAAGACCCCGUCAUGGAGAGUGGCUCACAGGAUGGUGGUACAAAUAUUGUCUCUGGUAAGGAGACUGCUGCAGCUGAGGCAUCAAAGCUUCUUGAGGAGUCUUCUGAUCCAGGGCUUGUUCUACAACAUCUUGGAUGGGUUGCAGACAUCAAUCAGGUUUUUGCAGUUCAGGUUUUAACAUCAGAGAAAAGAGUGAAUCAACUUCCACCAGAUGAAGUUAUUGCAGCUAUUGAUCCAAAGAAGGUAGAAAUUUUCCAAAGGUACCUUCAGUGGUUAAUUGAAGACCAAGAAUCGUAUGACAGUCAGUUCCACACAUUAUAUGCUCUCUCACUGGCCAAGUCAGCAAUUGAAGCUUUUCAAGCAGAAAUUGCUUCUCAAAACCUUGAUCCUGGAAGAAUAGAAGAGACAAACAUUUCUGAUCAUAGGACAAGUUUGAUCUUUCAAAGUCCUGUUCGGGAAAGACUGCAGAUAUUUUUAGAGGCUUCCGACUUGUAUGACCCAGAGGAGGUUCUUGACUUGAUUGAGGGAUCAGAAUUGUGGUCAGAGAAGGCUAUUCUUUAUAAAAAACUAGGGCAAGAGGCAUUGGUGCUCCAAAUUUUGGCCUUGAAGCUGGAAAACAGUGAAGCUGCUGAGCAAUAUUGUGCUGAGAUUGGGAGGCCAGAUGUCUAUAUGCAGUUACUUGAUAUGUAUCUGGAUCCACAAGAUGGUAAAGAGCCUAUGUUUAAAGCAGCUGUACGACUACUUCACAAUCAUGGUGAAUCAUUGGAUCCUUUGCAAGUUUUAGAGAGAUUGUCCCCUGAUAUGCCCCUUCAACUUGCCUCUGAAACUAUAUUAAGAAUGUUGAGAGCUCGGCUUCAUCAUUACCGUCAAGGACGUAUUGUGCAUAAUCUGUCCCGUGCUUUGGAUACUGAUGCAAGUUUAGCAAUAUUGGAGGAAAAGUCGAGGCAUGUGCAGAUCAAUGAUGAAAGCCUUUGUGAUUCUUGUCAUGCACGGCUUGGAACUAAACUUUUUGCUAUGUACCCAGAUGACACCGUAGUCUGUUACAAGUGUUUCCGUCGUCAGGGUGAGUCAACUUCAGUCACUGGCCGCAACUUUAAGCAAGAUGUCCUAGUAAAACCAGGUUGGCUUGUGACCCGAUAA